GCGCUGGUGGGGGGCGCGCGCGGCGGUGCCCAGCGCCUUUCGCCCGGAGACACCCUGGCCCGGCGGCGCUGGCAUGACCAGCUUGGGAGACACUCCCGUCCGUCCGCGGUGAAACGAUCAGGAGAGCGCGGCCUUGGGGCGUCCAGGCGGGCGCCGCGGCGUUCACCUGUCUCAGAAACCGGGAACCCAAAGCCGGCAGAAGGGAGCGGCCCCAGCUCCGCUCCGGGCGGGGACGCACCAUGGCGCUUGCCGCGGCCGCGGCCGCUGCAGCCGCCGGGGUGAGCCAGGCGGCAGUGCUGGGCUUCCUGCAGGAGCGCGGCGGGAAGGUGCGUAACUCGGAGCUGCUGAGCCGCUUCAAGCCGCUGCUGGAUGCGGGUGACCCGCGCGGCCGCGCCGACCGCAGGGACCGCUUCAAGCAGUUCGUCAACAACGUGGCAGUGGUGAAGGAGUUCGACGGCGUCAAGUUCGUGGUGCUGAGGAAAAAGCCGCGGCCCCUCGAAGGACCGCAGGCCCUGCCCUCCUGCGUCCCCAGCGCCCCCUCCCCGGUGUCAAAGAUCACUUCUGUCUCACCGGAGGCAACCAGGGGUCCGGGGACUCCGUCCUUGGCGUCGCCCCAAAGGUCGGAGGAACCACCAGAGGAUCUAGUCCCCCCACCAGAGCCACAGGGUGCCCCCGGGGCUGGGGCCUCUGAGCCGGCUCAGCCAAGCGGAGAGCUGGAGAGCUUGGGCUCGGCCCCCCAGUCAAAGGGACUCUCCGACUCCCAGGUUCCAUCCUCUGAGCUAGUCCUGCCUUCCAAGGGACUGUCCGCAGACGUGACCCAACCGUCUAGGGCACAGUCGGAGGCGGCCUCGCCCCGCGCAGAGCAGCCAGACUGGGAACCUGGGCCCGGGACGGCCAAAGGGCCUCUGCCACCCGCUCCGCACGCGCCGCCGCCGAAGCCCUGCAUGCUGCCGGUGCGCUGCGUCCCGGGCCCCACCGCGCUCCGGAUCCGGGCGGAGGAGCAGGGUCUGCGCCGACAGCUGUCGGAGGAGCCGAGCCCGCGGGGCUCCCCGCUACUGCUGCGGCGGCUGUCCGUGGAGGAGUCCGGCCUGGGCCUCAGCCUGGGCCCAGGACGCUCCCCGCACCUGAGGCGCCUGACACGCGCAGGCCCACGCCUGCUGAGCCCCGACGCCGAAGAGGUGCCAGCCGCGCCGCCGCCGUCUGCCCUGCCUCUGGAGCCGGCCGAGCACGAGUGGCUGGUGCGGACGGCCGGUGGCCACUGGACCCACCAGUUGCAUGGGCUGCUGCUGCGCGACUGCGGCCUGGCAGUCAAGCGCGACUUCAUGUCGGGCUUCACUGCCCUACACUGGGCGGCCAAGAGCGGCGACAGUGAAAUGGCGCUGCAGCUGGUGGAAGUCGCACGGCGCGGAGGCGUGCCAGUCGACGUGAAUGCACGUUCGCAUGGCGGCUACACUCCACUGCACCUGGCCGCGCUGCACGGCCACGAGCACGCCGCGGUGCUGCUGGUGGUUCGCCUGGGCGCGCAGGUGCACCUGCGCGACCACAGCGGACGGCGCGCCUACCAAUACCUGCGGCCUGGUUCCUCGUACGCGCUGCGCCGUCUACUCGGCGACCCAGGCCUGCGCGGCGCGAUCGAGCCCGAUGGCACCGGCGGCGGCGGUGGCAGCCUUGCAGCCCGGCGCCCAGUGCAGGUGGCAGCCACCAUCCUCAGCUCCACUACCAGCGCGUUUCUGGGCGUCCUGGCCGACGAUCUGAUGCUCCAGGACCUGGCUCGCGGCUUGAUUAAGUCGGGCUCCUUCAGCAAGUUCCUGGGCGCCUCGCCCAUGGCUCCACGCAAAAAGACCAAGACCCGCAGUGGCCUUCCGUCCUUCUCAGAAGCCUCUCGUCGACCUACUCCAGGCCCCUUAGCCGGGCUAAUGCCCAGCCUGCCCCCCACAACCUGACAGUCCCUGAGACGACAGCCUGGUUAAUCUAACCGGGCCUUUCCUCCACAGUCUAAGCGGGCCCUAGGCCAUGGCCCAGCACCCACCGAAUCCUGCAACACCCACUGUAUCCUGUUUCCAACUUUGUCCACUGUGGCCUGUCUUACCCAGGUGGGCCUAUUCCUCCAAGCUUCUGUCUGAGGCCAAGCCUGUCUCCAGAGACGGGGUUAGAGAUCUCAGUGAGAGUUUCCAAUGAGGAACUCCACAAUCCCUGGAGGACACUUCAAAUUUGGGAUCAAAGGUUAAGGGGCAGCAGCUGGUCUGGCCCCUGAAAGCAUUAACCUGAUGUCUCUGCAUCUAUACACUCCCAAACCAGAACUAAAGCAAAGGCAGUGGUCUCUUUAAAUAUUGAUUAUGUUGAAUUGUUUGUCAGCUUUAAAAUAGGUGGUAGUUUUGUAAUUUGAUGCUUUUAUCUUGUUUUUAAAUUAAAAUGAGGUAAAGCAACUUUCAUAAAUCUAACCUUUUGAAAUUAUAUUUUUCCAUUUUUAGACAAAGUGCACAGACGCUUUCAAUCUUUUGCUAAGUAUUUUGGAAUUAUAUUUAAAAAAAAAUAGAUCAAGAUCUAAAGGAAAUUAGUCCAAACCAAUGAAACCCUUAAAAAUUCAUCUACCUCAUUUUAGGCAAUCAAGAUUCUCGACAGUCUUAAACACAGAAUAACCAUUGUGACCAUUGUGAAUGUAAUUAAUUUCAGUUGUACUGUGAAUGCUAAAUAUUAGGAAACAAGCACAUUUUGGGAGUAAAGCUGAUUUAACAAGGAAAAGGGACAUUUUGGCAAAUACUUUUAAUUUGUGGUUGUCUUUACAGUGAAAUGUAAACAUGCAUGUUUGGCACCAGUGGGUUGCUAUUUUGAUUUGGCAUGAAUAUUUAAAUAUACUUUUUAAGAAGUGUGAUUUAUUUGUGAAUUGCACCUUUGUGCCAUGCUUCUGAAUCUGUGGUUCUCAAAUCCGGCUAAGCCUUUCAGUGCUGGAGGCAAAUAUUCAAAGAAAAAAAUGUCAUCGUUUUCCACCAGAAGCAUAACUGGUUAAAAUAUUAAUGGAUAUAAUUGAGAGCAACAAUUUUAUAUGAAAGUUCUGUACGAAGAAAAAGUACAUGAUAUCCAUUUUAAAAAGUCUUUUGAACACAAGCAACUGCUUAUUCCAAAAUAGCAAAUGUAGAAUCUUUUUGCUCAGUGAUGGUGGACGUGUGCCUUAACGUCUCUGGACCAUUGUUCCUGAUCUGUAAAUUGAGAAGGUUUGUAGAUAUUGCCAAGAUUUCCCAGGUUAGAUACAGUGUAAUUUUAAUGGCAGUUUUUCUGUUUUAAAAACGUGGAAUCUAUUUGUUCAACCAAACUUUUUUAUGUCAUAUUGUAAUUAUGCUCUGCUUUUGAGAAUUGUGUUUGCAUGUCAGUAGAUAUUAAAUAGUUUUGUGUGACACAAAGUAGUUGGUUCCCCCCCUUUCAUAUAUAUAAGUGAGGCCUUUGAAAUUAUUUAAGGCAGUCCUUUAUGGAAUGCCUUGACUUAAGCAUUGAAAUAAACA